AUGGAGGGCAAGAAGCAGCAGGCGCCUUCCUCUUCCCCUCCGGCCUCUACUUCCUCGCUCGUCGCCGACCUUUUCGGGGGGAAGAAUGCACCGAAUCCCUCUUCCUCGAGCUUCUUCCACUCCGUGUUUCCCCCGGCCUCCACGGUACGCCAUGCAUGCCUUCCCCGGCCCUUCCGCCGCCUCCCCACAUGCCGACAUGGAUGCAUCGCCGCCGCCGCCGCCGCCGCCACCUUCGCGUGGGGUCUCCGAUGUUCCCGGUUGUGUUCUCGUCGCGGGUUUCUGUCCUUGGUGGUCGACAAAGGUCCCCGAUUCCUUCGGGACCUCAAAUUUUAUUUCCUCCGCACGCUUCUUCUCCCCAUUUCACACCCGUCCAUGAGGCGCAAUAUGUGAAUCGAUUGAGCAGGAAACAAGCAGGCCUCCUCAUUCUGCCCUCCUCUCAUCGUCGCCUCCUCCGUGCUCUGUGAUGUUUCAGGUGAUGGGACGGGACUCGUGGAAGCAGGGAGCUCAGGGCCAGACCUGGAAUGGGCAGAACGUCCCCGCAGGUUCGUGGAGACCCUCCUUCUUCCCUCAUUCCCCCCCAUGAGAGGAUCGCCAUGCAUGCAUAAGCUCCCACCCCGAUCUCCUCCAUUUUUCUUCGCCCAUCACUCAGACAGUGAGCUGCUCUUGGGAUCAGCAGUCGCCGGCUGAAUUUUUCUGUGCCUGUUUCUGAAGUCGAUUCAUGGAUCUUGUAAGCGAGCAGCUUCUUUAUCAUGGCGACCCAAAAAAAGGAAAAAAAAACAUGUUUCCUCUGACUCUCUAACCUCGAUGAAACAGUUGAAUCAACCUCAGCGUUCGUCCCUCUCUUUCGCAGAUGGCGCCUUCCAUGGAAGCGGAAACAAAGAGAAGAGCCCAGCCUACCAGCACGAGAAGAUCGACCCAUGCUCCUUCAGCUCAUCCCUCUACUACGGCGGGCAAGAUAUUUGCACCAACGCCCCGACUUCCCACAGCCCCGGAUAUAAUGUGGGUAACCUGUCUUCUCCUCUGGAUAUCUCAUUCAUUCUAGGAAUCCUUAGCUUCCUGGUGUGAACGACCGAGCGGGCAAUCUAAAGGGUUCUUGGGUGUCUUCUUUGACCUAAUCCCGAUCCAUUCCGUGAAUCUCGUAUGUGUCUCAUAAAAGGUGGUUCGGUUUCGGGAUUCUCGAGUAUUUUCUCGAGCUUAAUGCCGCAUAAUUUCUUCAUUAUCAGCACAAAAAGGACGGGGAAGACGACUCGAACAACCCAAACGCCGCCUCCAGAGGGAACUGGUGGCAAGGUACGAGAGAGAUCCCGAGUGUAAUCGUUUCUUCAUAGCCAUUAAUUAGCUUCGGGUGGAUCGAGAAUGAUAAGAAGGCCAUCUGCGUUUCCUCAGGUUCGCUGUAUUAUUAG